GUUGUUGACUUCACGCCAAAGCUUGAGGACUCUCCUAUUUAACCUUGAACGUGCUGGAGAACAUGAAACUUUGCUAUUCAAGGUUGGUGUUGAUUUUUGUCCUAUUCCAAGUGGCCCAGCAAAUCGGAGGUUCCCCUCUGCUAGUGGAGAAGGGUUUGAAGAGCGCCCGUACCCAACACACGCAGUCCCUCCGGGAAGACAUCACGAAUCCUUCUGUCAAAUCAGCGUUUGUGAAGAAGUUCGACAAGGUUAAGAGCCAGCACAAGAAGAAUUCGCACGAUGAGGACAAGAAGGCAAGAUCUGAGGAGAAGCUGACCAAGAAGAGCAAGAAUCGUGGAGAUGAAUUGACUGCGUCUGGACACAAGCCCACGGCUCAGCCGGAAGAUGAAGCCGUCUACUUCAUGAACAUGCUUCCAUGGAUCCUGCCUGUAGUCUGUCUAACAAUCCUGGUCUUGGUUGGAAUCGGUGCAAAGAUGUGUCAGGCAGGCAACUACAAGCACACCGCUGCGCUGCGGGAGGGAGGAGUCCAGCCGACCUUCAAGUACGGGGGACCUAUUGCUGUCGGGCGUGUGUAGGAGAAGCAGGACAACAAGUAGUUUGACGGAUGUGGGGGGUUGCGCUAAUUGUGAUGAGGGGAGCUGAAAAGCAGCUCGGGUGGGCAGGGAUUGGUUCUUCCGGACCCUUGACGAUUCUGGGGACAAGGAUGACCAGUAAGCGUUCACACGCGAGCCGCAACUUGGCCCGAUGAGCAGCGAGGUUCGGAGUGACUUUGGAAGAUACAUUCUCAACAUAAGAGUAAACGUAACUGACGUCG